AACUAAGAGCUGUAAAGAUGCUGUUCAGACGCUCCUGCAGACUUGAUGAGCAUCUUUACUCUGUUUUAACAUCUUUAAACAUCUUUCACAUAUUCUCUCACAAAGAUCUGAUAAUUGUGAGCUCUACAGAUAUAAAACUUGUUGUGUUUGACAUCUGAGACGUUCACUUUCUUCUCCAGUUGUUCUUGUGUGGUUGAGAUGACGGUCACUCAUAACUAGGAAGAGGAAGACCAACAUUUAGCUGAACUUUAUUUAAGUGUGAAAACUGCAGCGUUUGACACAUUAAACUGCGGAUGUUUUUCUCAUUCGGGCGUCGACACUGAAACAUCGACACUUCAGAGCGUUUUAUGAUUGCAGAAGUCACGAUGGUGUCGUCUCUCAUAAAGUCUCUUCCUCUGAUCGUAGUGAUCAUGACUGCGGGGGUUGAUGUUCAGGAUUGGGGAGUGAAUUACAGUCCUUCAUAUGUUUGUGCAUUAAAGGGAUCAACAGUGAAAAUAUCCUGUACUUUAACACAUCCUCGUGGUUAUGAGGUCAGAAGAGCUUUCUGGACAAAAACUAGAGAACCGCAUGACUUUUGUUCAGAUCCAGAGAUGAGAGGAGGGAUUCAGUGUAACAGUGAAUAUAAUAAAGACACUUCCAGCAUCACUUUGACGGCUGUAACAGAAGCUGAUGAACACAUGUACUACUGCAGAUUUAUUACAGAUAAACUGGAUGGAAAAUGGACGGGGUCUCCUGGAGUUCAGCUUAACGUCACAGACCUGCAGGUGGAGACACAGCAGAGUGUGAAAAGGGGAGAUUCAGUCAGUCUGACGUGUAAAAGCAGCUGCUCUCUGCCUCAACAAACAACAUUCAUCUGGUACAGAAACACAGAUAUUAUUGCUGAACCACAGAGAAUAACUAGAGGAAUUGUGAAAGGGAAUCAGCUUCAUCUGUGGUCAGUCAGUUAUAAAGAUGAAGGAAACUACAGAUGUGCUGUAAGAGGACAUGAACAUCUGAUCUCUCCUGAUGUUUAUCUUCAUGUUGACUGGGUUGAUGGUCUGCAGGGUUGGGGAGUGAAUUACAGUCCUCCAUAUGUUUGUGCAUUAAAGGGAUCAACAGUGACAAUAUCCUGUACUUUAACAUAUACCAGUUACAAACUCAUCAAAGGUUUCUGGACUAAACCUGUUGGAGAAUCACCUGAUCUGUGUUCAGAUCCAGAGAAGAGAAGAGGGAUUCAGUGUUCGAGUGAAAAUAUAAACACUUACAGCAUCACUUUGACGAAUGUAACAGAAGCUGAUGAACUCGUCUACUACUGCAGAUUUAUAGACGGGCAGAAUAGAUGGACAGUGAUUCCUGGAUCUUGGCUUGAUGUCACAGACCUGCAGGUGGAGACACAGGAGAGAGUGAAAGAUGGAGAUUCAGUCAGUCUGAGAUGUAAAAGCAGCUGCUCUCUGCCUCAACAAACAACAUUCAUCUGGUACAGAAACACACAGAUAUUAACUGAUCGAACAGAGAAUCUUCAUCUGCAGUCAGUCAAUCGUUCUGAUGCUGGAAACUAUAAAUGUGAAAUAAGUGGAAAUAAUCAUCAUCUGAUCUCUCCUGCUUUUUAUCUUAAUGUUGAAUAUCCUCCUCAGAGCGUCUCAGUGUCCAUCAGUCCAUCUGGUGUAAUAGUGGAGGGAGAUUCAGUGACUCUGAAGUGCAUCAGUGACUCAAACCCUCCUGCUCUGAACUUCAGCUGGUUCAAAGAAGGAAAACUUCUGCAAUCUGGCGACACCUUCAGCCUCAUUAAUAUUAAAUCUGAGGCCAGUGGAAACUAUCAUUGCUCUGCUAGAAAUAUACAUGGAUCUCUGACCUCUGCUGUUGUGACAGUGAAUGUCAUGUACGCACCAAGAAGCGUCUCAGUGUCCAUCAGUCCAUCUGGUGUAAUAGUGGAGGGAGAUUCAGUGACUCUGAACUGCAGCAGUGACUCAAACCCUCCUGCAGAAAUAAACUGGAUUAAAGGAGGAACGAUUGUAGGAUCUGGAAGAAUCUUCAGCAUCUCAAACAUCAGAUCUGAUGACAGUGGAGAAUACAAGUGCAGAUCCAGAAAUACACAUGGAGAGAAAGACUCUGAUGCUGUGAUGCUGAAUGUCAUGUACGCACCAAGAAGCGUCUCAGUGUCCAUCAGUCCAUCUGGUGUAAUAGUGGAGGGAGAUUCAGUGACUCUGAAGUGCAUCAGUGACUCAAACCCUCCUGCUGUGAACUUCAGCUGGUUUAAGGAGAAGGAAACCUCAGCUGUUGGAUCUGGACAGAGUUUCAGCAUCUCCAGCUUUAACUCCAGUUUCAGUGGACGCUUCUACUGUGAGGCUCAGAAUAAAUAUGGAUCUGGGAGAUCAGCGUCUGUGUCUCUCACUGUUAACGGGGUUCAGAGAGAUGCUCUGCUCACAGUUUCUGGGAUCGUGGCGGGAUGCGGAGGAUUGAUCUUCAUCAUCGUCAUCAUCAUCAUUGUGUUCAUAAAGAGGAAGAAGAGGAGAGAAGGUGGAACUGAAGACGAGAAUCAAAAGCGGGCGGCUGACGCGAGCGAUGAUACAUACACAGCUCUGGAUCCAGCGUCCAGAACAUCUGCUGACGUUUACAGCACAAUCACAUCUGUUCAGUCCAGAUCUCCUGAUGACACCUACACGACUCUUGAUCCUCAGUCCAGAUCUCCUGAAUAUGAGACUCUAGCAGUGACUUCAGCAGAUCCACAUUAUGCCAGUAAAGUCAAUGGGAGUGCAGGAAAGAUAUCCACUGAGGAGGAGCUGGACGGCAUUCGGCUCUGCAGUGAACAGCACUAUAAAGUCACGAUGGUGUCGUCUCUCAUAAAGUCUCUUCCUCUGAUCGUGGUGAUCAUGACUGCGGGGGCUGAUGGUCUGCAGGAUCCAAAGAAGAGAAGAGGGAUUCAGUGUAACAGUGAAUAUAAUAAAGACACUUCCAGCAUCACUUUGACGGCUGUAACAAAAGCUGAUGAACACAUCUACUACUGCAGAUUUAUUACAGAUAAAGCGGACGGAAAAUGGACGGGGUUUCCUGGAGUUCAGCUUCACGUCACUGUCGUCACAGACCUGCAGGUGGAGACACAGCAGAGAGUGAAAGAGGGAGAUUCAGUCAGUCUGACGUGUAAAAGCAGCUGCUCUCUGCCUCAACAAACAACAUUCAUCUGGUACAGAAACACACAGCGAAUAACUAGAGGAAUUGUGAAAGGGAAUCAGCUUCAUCUGUGGUCAGUCAGUCGUUCUGAUGCUGGAUACUACAGAUGUGCUGUAGGAGGACAUGAACAUCUGAUCUCUCCUGCUGUUUAUCUUCAUGUUGACAGGGUUGAUGGUCUGUGGGAGUCGGGAGUGAAUUACAGUCCUUCAUAUAUUUGUGCAUUAAAGGGAUCAACAGUGACAAUAUCCUGUACUUUAACAGAUCCUCAGAAUUAUAAUCUCGCUGAAGGUUUCUGGACUAAACCUGUUGGAGAAUCACCUGAUCUGUGUUCAGAUCCAGAGAAGAGAAGAGGGAUUCAGUGUUUGAGUGAAAAUAUAAACACUUAUAAUCUCACUUUGAUGAAUGUAACAGAAGCUGAUGAACUCGUCUACUACUGCAGAUUUAUAGACAGGCAGAAAAGAUGGACAGUGAUUCCUGGAUCUUGGCUUGAUGUCGCAGACCUGCAGGUGGAGACACAGCAGAGAGUGAAAGAUGGAGAUUCAGUCAGUCUGAGAUAUCCUCCUCAGAGCGUGUCAGUGUCCAUCAGUCCAUCUGGUGUAAUAGUGGAGGGAAAUUCAGUGACUCUGAACUGCAUCAGUGACUCAAACCCUCCUGCAGAAAUCCGCUGGUUCAAAGAAGGAAAAUUUCUGCAAUCUGGCGACACCUUCAGCCUCAUUAAUAUUAAAUCUGAGGCCAGUGGAAACUAUCAUUGCUCUGCCAGAAAUAUACAUGGAUAUUGGUCCUCUGCUGUUGUGACAGUGAAUGUCAUGUACGCACCAAGAAACGUCUCAGUGUCCAUCAGUCCAUCUGGUGUAAUAGUGGAGGGAGAUUCAGUGACUCUGAACUGCAGCAGUGACUCAAACCCUCCGGCAGAAAUAAACUGGAUUAAAGGAGGAACGAUUGUAGGAUCUGGAAGAAUCUUCAGCAUCUCAAACAUCAGCUCUGAUCACAGUGGAGAAUACAAGUGCAGAUCCAGAAAUACACAUGGAGAGAAAGACUCUGAUGCUGUGAUGCUGAAUGUCAUGUACGCACCAAGAAACGUCUCAGUGUCCAUCAGUCUAUCUGGUGUAAUAGUGGAGGGAGAUUCAGUGACUCUGAACUGCAGCAGUGACUCAAACCCUCCUGCAGAAAUAAACUGGAUUAAAGGAGGAACGAUUGUAGGAUCUGGGAGAAUCUUCAGCAUCUCAAACAUCAGCUCUGAUCACAGUGGAGAAUACAAGUGCAGAUCCAGAAAUACACAUGGAGAGAAAGACUCUGAUGCUGUGAUGCUGAAUGUCAUGUAUCCUCCUCAGAGCAUCUCAGUGUUGAUAAAUGGAUCUGGUGUAAUAGUGGAGGGAGAUUCAGUGACUCUGAAGUGCAUCAGUGACUCAAACCCUCCGGCUCUGAACUUCAGCUGGUUUAAGGAGAAUGAAACCUCAGCUGUUGGAUCUGGACAGAGUUUCAGCAUCUCCAGCUUUAACUCCAGUUUCAGUGGACGCUUCUACUGUGAGGCUCAGAAUAAAUAUGGAUCUGGGAGAUCAGCGUCUGUGUCUCUCACUGUUAACGGUGUUCAGAAAUCGGGUUGGAAUAAUAUGCAUAUCAUCGCUGUUUUUGCCGCUAUUGCAGUUGCAGUUGGGUUUGGGCUCUUGUUUCACAUGGUUGGGUUCAACAUUGGAUUCAAAAGGAAUAAGAGAAGAAAUAAUGACCCUAAAGUCCUUGAGCAGCCGUCGACAGAAAAGACCUCAGAAUCUGGUGGUGGUAAAAAUGCGUCUAUUCAAGAUGGCAGAAAUACAGACACAAAGAAACCUGAAGAGGAUGAGAUUCAUUAUGCCAGCAUUACAUUUCCCCAUCGUGCUACUGAAGCCAAAUCUACUGCAAGCCAGGAGAAGGAUUUGUCUGUGAUUUACAGCAGCAUCAGAUAAUACAUUUUUCAACUCUUGAAUUGCAUCUGAAAUCGUAUCUAAACAAGACUAAAAUACAAACUUUUCUUGUGUUUCAUUUAAUCACGAUUACAUUUUGAGUGUGGAUUUUUUAUUAAGUAUUUGGUGCUCUAUCUUAGUUUGAUCUCUGAUACAUUUAAGCCAAACAAGCAAACACAUGUAGGCUACAAGUUACAACCUGAUCCGCGGGCCAAAGGAGGCUCCACCUGUCCUGCAAAGCUCUCUUUACAGAAUGUAUAUGCCAUUUCCUGUGCUAAUAAAAAGUGUAAGAUUUGUCAGUUAA